CGUUGCUCCACCUGCCUGUCUGCAUUUCCCAGUCUGUUCAGCAUGUUAAGAAGCAUGAUCCUUCGAUUCCUGCUUGUCUGUGGACUGGCACAGAACUCGCUGCAAGGAGGGGUUGGCCCACAGACUAGAGGCAGCAUGGGGAGGCAGCUGAUGCCACCCGGAGGAGCCAGUGCAGCUCUUGGCAUGCAGGGCAGUGCCGGGUAUAUGGGCAACCCCAUUAAGGCAGCAGGCGGAUAUGGGGGGCUUGGGAGGGGAGCCGUCCAGCAAGGAUACGGUGUCCAGCCGGCCUACACAGGUGCUGCGUUUGGUGUGGGCACAGGAAGAGGGCUGGCUUUGGGCCCACAAGCUGGAAGGCAGGGAGCAGGAUAUGGCAGCACUGGCUAUGGAUACAAAGGAAAUCCUUUAGGCGGUUAUGGGGCAGGUGCUGGCAUGUUUGCCAGGCCAGGACUCGGCUUCGGUGCAGGACUUGGAGCUGCUUUUGGAAGGAAAGGUCUAAAGCCAAGUUAUGGUGCUGCUGCUGGAUAUCCCAGCGGAGGCACCAAAGCAGGUUAUGCUGCUGCUGCUGGUGUGUCUGACAGGCAGGGGGCAAGACCCACUGGUUAUGGUGCUGGUGUUGGUUACCCCUUUGGAGCUAAGGCCGCCAAACCAGGUUAUGGUGCUGCAGCUGGUGUUUCCAGCGGACUUGCGGUCGCACCCUUUGGGUAUGGUGCUGGAUACCCCAAUGCAGCAGCUAGGGCAGCCAAAGCAGGUAACCCUGCUGCUGCUGGAUAUCGUAAUGGCGGCGGCAUUAAAGCAGCCAGUGCAGGUUAUGGUGCUGCAGUACCAAGUGUACAGGAGACCAAACCCACAGGCUCUGGUGCAGGUACUGGAUACCCCAGUGUAGGAGGUGUUAAAGCUGCCAAGCCAGGUUAUGGUGCUGUAGCAGGUGUCCCCAGUGGACAGGGGGUAAAACCCACAGGUUAUGGUGGUGCUGCUGGAUAUCCCAAUAAAGGAGGGCUCAAGGUGGCCAGACCAGGUUAUGGUGCUGUUGCUGGAUAUCACAAUAUUGGAGCUAAAACAUCCAAACCAGGUUAUGGGAUGAAAGCUGGUGUACCCAAUGGAGAGGUGCCUGAAUCAGCAAAUACAGGUUAUCAUGUUGGAGGUUUUGGGUCUAAAGGACGGGUCACUAAGGGCUUGGGAAUGGGCAUGCCCACUGGAAAGAGCUACAAAAAUAUGGCAAUGUUGCCUCAGGUGCAGGGCACUAAGGGUCUGGUCUCUUCGGGUCCACAAGGACAAAGUACUAAAGGUGUGGCUCCUGCAAUGCCUGAAGCCCAGAGCACUAAGGGCUUAGCAAUGGGCAUGCCCACUGGGAAGAACUACAAAAACGUGCCCAUCAUGCCUCCAGAACAGGGCACUCAGGGUUUGGUCUCUUCGGGUCCUCAAGGACAAAGUACUAAAGGUGUGUCUCCUGCAAUGCCUGAAGCCCAGAGCACUAAGGGCUUAGCAAUGGGCAUGCCCACUGGGAAGAGCUACAAAAAUGUGGCCAUCAUGCCUCCGGAACCGGACAUGAAAGGUCUUAUGGUUCCUGAAGCACAGAAUAUCAUGGGUGUAACUUCUGAAGUGCCUGAAGUACAGGGCACUAAAGGCAGUGGAGCUGGUCUGGCUGCUGGAAAGGGAAUGGCUGUGGUACCUGUGGAUCAGGGUUCAAAAGGAGUGGCCCAGGAGGCUAGAAGGACUGGGCCAAUAUUACCAGAGGGACAAGUGACUACUAUCGGAUACGGUCCUGGAACAGGGAGCUACCUUGGCAUGGCACUUGGCAAUGGUUAUGGAGCAGGUACCAUUGCAGGUUAUGGAAAAGGACAAGGUGCUUACCUUGGCAUGGGUCUGGGUACUGGCUAUGGGAAUGGUCAAGCUGACUUAGGAAGUAAAGCAAAAUCUGCAGGCUAUGGUGAUGGUGUCCGCAAUGGCUACCCUAGUGUGCCCACUGACCUUGCUGCACUAGGGGCUAAAGCUGGAAAAGGAGCAGGGACAGGCUAUCCUAGUCUGCCAGUUGACCUCAGCGUCCUGGGGGCCAAAGCAGACAAGAGAGCAGGUCUGGGGAGCAGUGCUUACGAUGGCCAGAGUCUGGGAGCUAGCCUUCUUGGACGAGAGGGCAAGUCCACCAGUUAUGAGGGCACUGCUAACAGCGCUGCUGCAGCUGCAACUCCUGCCCAGUUCCCCUACGGGGGUCAGCCAGUGGUUUCGGCUGGGUUGGGACCUGAGAGCGAGGCGGGUGCUUACGGGGCAGGGCAGCUGCCCUACGCAGGGCAACCCAUCCAGCCAGCGGGGAUUGGAGCCGACCCAGGACUGGCUGAAUACGGUGGACUCGGUGCUGAACUAGGAACAGAAACCACAACGGGCAAAUACGUGGGUGGCAGCCAGCUCCUUUACAAUGGUGCCCCCAUUAUUCCCGCUGGUCUGGACGGAAAUGGUGGGUUGCAGUAUGGAGCUCAACCACUUGUAUCUGAUGUAAAAACAGCUGGAAAAUAUGGUAACACUGGUUUGCCGUACAGUGGCCAGCCCCUCGGUUUGGGGGCUGAUGGGAAAUCACCCAGCACAUAUGGGAAUGCUGGCCUGCCAUACUACCUACAGCCGCUUGGCCUUGGGACUGAUGUGAAAUCUGCAGCAAAAUACGGAAACAGCGGUUUGACAACCCAGCCAUUUGGAUCGGAAGCAGAUGGAAGGUCUGCUCUUAAAUAUGGUGGAAAGGAAAACAAAUAUGGAUUAAAUAGGUUUUUCAGCAAUGGAUACCAAGGUUAAUUCUGCUGGCCCCAGAAAGCAGUUUUGUGUUCUUCUGUUAUCAAUGUGUGCGUGUUUGUUUAAUAGUUGCAUAUGAUGGUUUUGUUUUCUCUUAACCGCCUGUGUCAUUGGUCUUGCCACUGAUUCCAUCCCUUUCUGCUCUUCCUGCCUAUCACUUGGGAUGUAUGUGUUUCUCUUUCACGUUAUCGUCACCGAUGUAGCUCCGUAAGGACACGGCUCCCUUCAUAUCUUUCCAGUGCACAGGAACUCCCGAUUCUUCUGCUGUAAAUUGUCAAGCUUCUUCUCUCCCCCAGUCUUUUGUUGUACAUGUAAUAAAGUGAGUACCUGAGCUGCAGAAUGAGAUUUCAUCAGGUGCUUAAUUAACGAGGCAGAUGUGGACCUGCACUCGCAAGACUUUUCGGGAUUACAAUGUCAUUCCCCUUACUUCAGAAUUCAGUGUAAUGGAGAAUUUUGGAUGGUACAUCUUCUGGAAGCCAUUAAAUAAACAGAAAACCUA